CAUCGACGUCGAUGAUCGACACUCUAAAUAUCAAAUUCGUUAAAUUAUCAAUAAUGCAAGGUUUAUUUGUGUUUUCUAUAAAUAGAAGAGUUGAAUCGUGAUAUUUCUCAUUUAUGUUUAGUCAAGAUUAGCGCAAUUUCAGUUUGGAAUAAUGUGUGCACUGUGUUCAACUUCCGUGAAGCCCCAAGCAUUUUAAUUGGCCCCUGAGAGUUGAUUAUGAACUCUCUCCUGACGACUCAAUUUCGUUCCCGAUCUAUAUGAUCUCAUGGAUGAGCCCGGGGGGCUCGUAAGGCUGGGUUUUAACGAUGGAGACGGAGUCCGUGCGGUCUGAGUUAAGUAGUCGAUCGAGAAGGAGUUCGAGACAUCGCCAACAUACACAUCGUAGCACCCGGAGUUCAAAAUCGCAUAAAAAGGACGACAUAAUGGCCCCUUUCCAAACAAGUGUAAACAUAAACCCUGAAAUGGGCAGAGAUGGACAAGAAGUUAUAGAAGUUCAGAUACUACCCCAGGACGAAAACUGGGGUGAAAACACUACUGCGAUCACUGGAAAUACUUCUGAAGGCUCACAGUCAAUGGAGGAUAUAAAUAACUGGCCAUUAGAAUCAGAUGGGGGAAUAGGCUUUGUCUGUUCUAGAUACUUUGGUGCUACAAUUGCUUUAGGACUUUCGUUCGUGUCAUUUGUAAGCCCGUUAGCAAUGGUCGUGUUGCCUAAAAUUGGAUUUUUUCCUGGAUUGACAGACAAUAUUGCUUUACAGCCCAGUCAGAGAAUACAGUUACUAUCUUGUGCUGCAGAAUGUAAAGGAAUUUUGCUAUCAUUAGCCUUCAAACUAGUGUUACUUGCUAUUGGAGUGUGGGCGGUGUUUUUCCGACCACGUAAUGCAAUUCUACCCAGAAUAUUUGUGUUUAGAGCAAUGACGUUAGUCAUUCUUGCUGUAUGCAUCUUUUCAUACUGGUUAUUUUACAUUGUACAAAUCACAGAAGCGACAAAAGCCUUAGCUCUUGGCGAAGAAGCAAUUGAUUACAACAAUUUAGUUUCAUACGUAUCAAGUUUUGCCGAUACAUUGCUCUUUAUUCAUUAUAUUGCUGUUAUAUUGAUGGAAAUUCGGCAUUUGGAACCAGUGUAUUAUAUUAAGAUUGUGAGGAGUCCAGAUGGUGAAAGCCGAUCUUUUGCAAUUGGUCAAUUAAGUAUUCAAAGAGCAGCUGUAUGGGUGCUACAGAAGUAUUACACGGAGUUCCCAAUUUAUAACCCAUAUUUGGAGAAGAUAUCGAUAUCGAAGUCUCAGAGGAAAGGACAGUCGAGUAUUAAGUUUUAUGAAGUUGAUGGAUCUAAUGCUAAUACUCCAGGACAAGCAAGGUCUACAACAGGCUCGUGCACGGGCAGCGCCGGCCGCCGCCGCGACUCCGGCUCGACGCACAACGAGCGCUACUACGAAGAGGCGGAGCGCGAGCGGCGCGUGCGCAAGCGGCGCGCCCGGCUGCUCACCGCCGCCGAGGACGCCUUCGCGCACGUCAGGAGGGUGAGGGUGUCCAGUGCUAACGGUGGAGCCCUCGGCCCACGCGAAGCAGCGCAAGCAGUGUUUCCAUCACUGGCUCGAGCAUUGCAGAAGUAUUUGCGAGCGACUCGACAGCAGCCCAGACAUUCUGCUGAUUCUGUACUCGCCCAUCUCGCUCGCUGUCUUUCCCAGGACGCGUCUCCUCGCGCCUUCCUUGAGCCGUUCUUCGUCGAAGGGCCAGUGUUAUCUGCUGAGCAAGAGACUAGACCCUUACAAAGAUGGUCACUAGUGUCAGAUGAAUUGCUGGCAAGACCGCUUGCAGACGGUAUAGAGUUCCAACUGCGACAAGGUGACAUAUCACUAAUUUGCUCCAUAAAGCAACUGCCCAAGUUCAGUCUGACUGAAGAAGUGGUAGACCCAAAGAGCAACAGGUUUGUUCUUCGCUUGAACUCCGAGACGUCCGUUUGACAGGACGACUUCUUGACUAAGGAAGGUCAUAGGUUGGUAUGACAUUGGGACUUUAUUUAAAACUUGUCAGACACUUGGUUUUUUUUAAGGUGGACUGAUAAUAGUGAUCGGUGCUUAUUUACCUAAACAUCACUUUUUAUCUCCAGGAAAUAGUAUAUGGAUAUGCCUUUUUGAAUAAAAAUAUAUAAAUAAAUUUAGUCAAUCCCAGAUUCUCUGCUUGAGUAAUUAAUAUUAUUUACUAAAUAACAGCAAAUUAACUACAAAAUUUUAAUAAUUGUUUUACUAAAUACAGAUUAAAAUGUACAUAGAAUGUACCUAGAUUGCCAAAGCGUGUGAAGUGAUUUGAAAAUAACGGGGAGGAUCAGUUAAGGGAUGAUCAGGGGACUGAGGUAGCAGACGUUAUCACUUGUAUAAAUACUUUAACGUAGAACUCAAGCCAUGAUAAUAACGCAAUGUUUACUGAGUCUAACAGUUUAAGUCUUAAAAGUGAGUUUAUAUACAUUAUAUAUUCAAUGAAAAAAUAUUAUUAUACAACUGCCACUGUGGCCGAAUGGUUACCACACUGGACUGCCACGCGAGGCCGGGAGAUAUGUUUGUGU